AUAGCGGGGAAUAAGUCUCACGAAAUAUUCGUUCUUUUCCCUAUCUGCCCUCCAUCCCUUCCCCACCACCGAUUCUUCACCCCACCGCCCGAUCUCAAACCCUAGAUCGAUCCCUUCUACCCCGCUCCUUCCCAUGAAGCUUCAAGCGGUUAGGGUUAGGGUUAGGGUUUCUUGCUUGCUCCACAAACCCUAGAGGAUCUCCAUCGCCAUGGCGGGCUCCGUGGAGGACGCUGGUGCCCCGGAUUCAUGGGAGCUGGCGGAUUUGGACGAUAGCAUGUCACGGCUGAUGCUCUCCUCCAAGAAGAGCUCCAAUCCCUCCACUCUGCUCCCUUCGAUGACGGUGGAAUUCGCCGAGGAGGCACCGCCGCCGCUCGAUUCCGUUGCUUCGUCCUCCUUCGCCUCUGGUUUAGCCGAGGGCCGAAGGGAGCCUUCUGAAGAGAUAUUGAGCCAAGUGGAUCAGUUUCUCAGGGAAGCUUUGGAGAAACCCCGGGAACGGCUUUCGAUUUUGAGGAUGGAGCAAGAUAUCGAGAAGUUUAUCCACAAUCCUACUCAACAGGAGCUGGAGUUUCAGGACCUUCCAACUUCCUAUCUACGAUUGGCAGCACAUCGUGUGGCCCGACAUUAUUACCUGCAGUCAAUGGCGAUGUCGGACAACAUUAUGCCUGAUGGAUCUGGUUCUCGAAUUGUGCUCCGCAAAACUUCUGAUUGUCGAUUUCCUCCAGUUAGGCUUGCAGACAUUCCUGUCAAUUUGCCAAGGGAAGAUGCCAAUAAUGCCAUUAAGGUUGCAAUCAAGCAGAGACCACAGAAACAGUCCUUAAUUAUUACCAGUGGAAAUUCGCAUUCUUCUAAGACAAACCUUACAAAAAGUGUUGAACAAAGAAAAGAGGAGUAUAACAAGGCACGUGCUCGAAUAUUUAACAGUAGUAGUGGUGGUGUUGGAAUGGCAAAGAUAGAAGGUGAACCAAACUUGCAAGAUAGCUUCCAACAAUGUUUCUCGGUAUCAGCAAGAUCAGAUGACAAAUCUACAAUUGAAAAUUUUGAAACUAGCCUUGGAAGAACUUUGAGUGAUUCUUCUAUAGGCAGCAAUAGAUCAAACAGAAAUAGGACAGACAAAGAGCCUGCUGUCAGUAAAUACAGAGCUAGCAAUAGAGUGGCCAUUUUCCGUGAUCGAGAGGUUGAUCGGAAGGAUCCUGACUAUGAUCGGAGUUAUGAUAGGUAUAUGCAAAGAUUUGACCCUGGAUUUGGAUUUAAUGGAGGACCUUAUACCAUGCAGCCAAUGUUUUCCCCCGCUGUUAACUAUAAUACUGAAUUUCCUCAACUUGGAUCAACUCACAGGCCUCAAAUUCCUAUUGAACACCAACCCAGACACGUUCCUCAACAUCUGCAGGGAUCUUGGUCAGCGGCUUCAGGACCUGCAAUUGGCUAUGGUCAUCCUGAGGGUUUGAUGGCAUCAUUUAAUACUAAUCAUGUUGGAACACCAUCAACAUCAUCAGUUUACAUGCAUUCUUCCCAAUACUCUGUCCCUCCACGCCCUGGAAUGUCGUUUGUCCAUUCCCAUGAACAUGUUCAACCUUUUGCACAGACUCAUCAGCAGCAGUCUGAAGCGAAUUUUGGCUUAGCCCGGCCCCGCUGAGGGGCUUGGGCACGCCUGCACCUGCCAGUACCUCUCUGAGAUUGGAAAUAUGGAUGGUUGCAGUUGGAAUAUUUCUUGAUAGCUGGCAGGAAGAUUGCAGGCAUCAAAAACCAAGAUUGACUGGAAUAAUGCACCUCAUUCACUGAAAUCACUCAGCCAGUUCCAGCUUUCUUGGCUCAAUGCUUCUUUCACUCCACGUGAAAGAAAGAGAGCUUGGUUUCUAAGAUUCUCAUUCCUUUCUGAGGCUUCAGACAUGACUGUCGAGCAAGUUGAAAGAAUUACAGGAUGGCACGGAGUGAAGCUUAGGCAUGUACAUUGUUGAUCACGAUUAAGCACCAUAGGCCACUAUGUUUCUGCUAUUAUAGUAGAGGAACCUCGAUCACAGGCUUGUGAACCUGCUUUUAAUAAACAUGUGAAGGCAAUGGGAUUUUGGUCCUCUUUAGCCUGGGUGUGGAAGGUAAGUGGUGCCUGAUCAAGAGCUUGGCUUUGGCUGCUUUCUGGUGCCUGGUCAAGAACUUUGUUACUGACUUUAUGUUGACAAUAGAUAUGUAUCAUAUGCAUCGUUAUGGACCGAUGUAAUUUAUCAAUUAAUUAUAACCCUGUUGGACAUGGUACUUGAAUUUUAUUAUAGAAAUGAUUUUUAUAACUAG